AUGUCUGAUAUCGAGAAUGUCGACGUUGCCCAGCGCGAAGAGGUGCCCAGCACGCCUGUGGAGGCCUCGGCCGAGGUGCCUGAGGAGGACGUUUCCGCUCACUCUUCGCCGGUGACUGGGGACGAGUCGACUGUUGCCGCUGAGAGCUCCGACGCGCCCCAGGAGGACUCUGCUGAGCCUACCGAGUUUGCCGCUCCCGCCGAGCCUACUACGCCCGAGACCCCGUCUGCGCCCGCUACGCCGAAGGCCGAGACCCCAUCUGCACCCGCUACGCCGUCGAAGGCCAAUGGGACCCCCAGGUCUACCACGACGACGGCGACCAAGCGUCCUGGUACCGCAACCACGACUGUUCGCCGUCCGGCUGGCACUACAGCCACCACCUCGCGGACGGCCACUGGCACUACGGCUUCCUCCCGCGCCGCUGGUAGUAUGAGCAAGCCGCCUACCCGCCCUCCUACAGCACCUACGGCGGCCACUCGUCGCCCAACCGCUGGCUCGACAUCAGCUGCCAGCCACCGAAGCCGCCUGAGCGUUAGCGCCAGUGAGGAUGAGAAGAAGCCGGGAUCCACCGCCCGCCGCACGAGCACUCUCUUGUCGGGCACUACCAAGCCUGCUGAGAAAAAGACUGCCGCGAGCACCACUGCUUCAUCUACGGCUGCUCGCAAGCCCGCUGUCCCGGCUAGCUCCACGACCUCUAGGACCACGACUGCCAGGACCACGACUGGUACUGCUGGCACGACCGGCUUGUCGAGAACUACCUCGACCCGCACACCUGGACCCACGCCGGUCUCGGAUCAUAAGAAACGUAUCUCCACUGCCGGUACCGCUACAACCCGCCCGCCCGCCCGCCCGCCCGCUUCGGCCGACGCUUCCAAGGAGCUUGAGGAGCUCAGGGCUAAGCUCGUCGAGGGGGAAGCCGAGAUUGAGUCGCUCAAGGCCCAAGUCAAGGCCUCCGAAGACAAGAUUGCCGAGCUGAACGAGCAGCAGAGCAAGGCUCCCGAGGCUAGCGACGCUGAUGCUGCUCCCAGCAAGGGCGAUGACGAGGCCCUUGCCCAGCUCAAGUCGCAGCACGAGGCGGCUGUGUCUGCUCUCGAGGCUCAGGUGUCCGAGGUCAAUUCCAAGCUUGAGGCUGCCGAGGCUGAGCUUGAGAAGCAAAAGGCCGAGCUGGCCCAGGCCCAAGAGGCCAAGCAAGCCGUCGAGAGCGAACUCGAGGCGGUCAAGAAGGCCCUCGACGACGCCCAGGCGGAGCACGGCGAGAAGCUCCAUGCCAGCGAGUCUGCUCUGCAGAAGGCUUCCGAGGAACACGCCUCCAAGAUUGAGGAGCUGCGAGCCUCGCUGGAGACGGAGCAGAAAUUGGCCGUCGAGGCUCUCGAAACUAAGCACAAGGAGGAGCUCGAGCAGGGCAAGUCUGACUCGUCGCAUGAGGAUGCAAUCGCGGAACUCAAGGCAAGCCACGAGGCUGCUCUUGCCGACCUGCAGAAGAAGAUUGACGAGCUUACCGAGUCUCAGGCUGCCGCCGAGGCUGCUGCCGCCGAGAACAUCAAGGCUGAGCAAGAGGCCCACGCUGCCAAGGUCGAGGGUCUCGAGGCUGAGAUUGCCGAUCUCAAGUCCAAGGUGGAGACAGCGGAGGCCAGCGCUGAGGCGGCCAAGUCCGACAUGGCCUCCGGCAGCGGCGAGGUCAGCAAGCUGCACGAGAGUCUGAGCGAGAAGGAGAAGGAGCUGGCGGCUGCCAAGACGGAGCUCGCUACGGUCCAGGAGCAGGUUUCCGAGCUCGAGGCCAAAGCUAAGGAGGCCGAGGUCGCUCUGGCUGCCAAGGACCAGGAGAUGGUGAAGCUCAAGGAGAUCCACGAUGAGCGUAUGAGGUCCAUAGCCUCAGACUACGAAACCGAGAUUGAGAGCCUGCGUGGCGAUGCCUUCUUCAAGCGCAAGUUUGAGGAACUCGAGCGCACGCACGGCGAGCUCCAGACGUCAACCACCGAGGCCGCCGACAGCCACGCCAAGGCUCUGGCCGCCGCCAAGGAGGAGCACGCGAGCGCCCUCAGCGCUCUUGAGGCCAAGGAAGCCGAGCACCAAAAGGACCUGGAAGCCCUGCGUGCCAGCCACGCCGAGGAGCUCGAGUCAGCCAAGGCCGGUGCCACGACCGACAGGGACGCUCACAUUGCCGAGCUGGACGCGCUCAAGACUAGCCACGCCGAGCAGAUAGAGAAGCUCAAGGGCGAGAAAUUGUCUGAACACGCCGAGGAGCUCGAAGCUCUCAAAGCCUCUCAUGCCGAGCAGCUGGAGCAGCUGAAGGCUGAUGGUGCGUCGGAGUUGGCCAAUGAGCUCGAGGCCCUGAAGGUUACCCACGCCGAGGCCAUAGAGCAGCUCAAGGGCGAGAAGUCGUCUGAGCACACCGAGGAGCUCGAAGCUCUCAAGGCAUCUCACGCCGAGCAGAUAGAGAAGCUCAAGGGCGAGAAAUUGUCUGGACACACCGAGGAGCUCGAGGCUCUCAAGGCCUCUCACGCGGAGCAGCUGGAGCAGUUGAAGGCCGAUGGUGCGUCGGAGCUUGCCAGCGAGCUCGAGGCCCUGAAGGCUGCCCAUGCCGAGGCUAUAGAGCAGCUCAAGGGAGAGACUGCUGACGAAAAAGAAAAGCUCGUUGCUGCCCACCAGGCCGAGCUGGCCUCUGUCAGGGAGUCCAGCGACAGCUCGCAUGCCGAGGAGCUGAGCAAGCUUCGUGCUGAGCUCGCCGCCGAGAAGGAGGCUGGGGACAGCGCACACCUCGAUGAUCUGAACAAGCUCAUUGUCGAGAAGGAGGCCAGUUCCGCCACCCACGCCGAGGAGCUGAACAAGCUGAAGGGGGAGUUUGCCGCCGCCAAGGAGGCCGGCGACAGCGCCCAUGCCGCCGAGGUGGCCAGCCUUAAGGAGCAGCUGGACGAGGCCAAGGCGGCCCUCGAGGAGGCGGUGGCCAGCAACGAACUGGCGAUUGAAAAGGCCAGGCUGGAGCAGGACGAGAAGCACGCGUCCGAGGUCGAGAGCCUGAUCAAGAUGAACGCCGAGUCGCUGCACAAGCUCAAGACGGAGAGCGCCGAAGCCAGGAAGGAGCUGGAGGCGCUCACGGCGAGCAACGUCAAGGCCAUCGAGGACACGCUGAACGAGUACCGCAGCAACAACAGCACUCUGGAGGAGAAGCUGGAGGAGUCGUCGGCGGCCCGGGAUGCCCUGGCCGGGCAGCUCUCGACGGUGCAGGAGGCUCUCGACGGAUGCCAGGAGGAGAUUCAGAGCCUAAGUCAGCAGCUUGCUCAGGAGAAGAUGGACCGUAUGACGGCCCUCGCGGAGCUGGAUGCGGUCAAGAACACCAAGCCGGAUACGAGCGAGGCCGACGGUCUCCGAGCGGACCUCAAGAAGUCCAAGACGGAGCUCGAGGCGGUGCAGGAGAAGUACUUGGGCGUUCGGGAGGACUUGGAGAUUGCCAGGAAGGAGCUGAAAGCCUACAAGGCCGAGGCCGAGGCCGAUUACCAGGACCUCAACGACAGCAUGACGGCGCUGGUGGAGGAGGCCGGCAAGAAGGCCAAGGCCCUGGAGUCCCAGCUGGGAGAGGCGACGCGCAAGAUUGGCGACUCGGAGAAGAGGCUGGAGGAGCUCGAGGCUCAGCUCAAGGUCAAGGAUGCCGAGAUUGUCGAGGCCAAGGCCAACGCUGCCGUGGCCAAGCCCAAGGGCCUGGCGGAUAGCCGGUUCGCAAGCGGCGAGGAGAAUGGCACCGAUGCGCCGGAAGGUGAGACAGAAGAAGAUGAUGAAUCGACAGCAUUGGCCCUGGUGCGAAAGCCCCUUGCUUGA